CCGGUGGGGGCGGGAGGCCGGGUUGGGAGCGACUCCCUGACUGACGGACGGCUAGAGGCGUUCGGGAAGAGUCGCCGCCGCCGCCGCCGCGGAGGAAAUCAGGAGCGGCCGAAGGAGGGAGGGAGGAAGGAGGCCCCGCCGCCGCCGCCGCCGCCAUGAAGAAGCAGUUCAACCGCAUGAGGCUGCUGGCCAACCAGACGGUGGGCAGGGCCGAGAGAACAGAAGUCCUCAGCGAAGAUCUGCUGCAGAUCGAGCGACGCCUUGACAACGUGCGGUCCGUCUACCAUAACUCCUACAAGCGCCUGAUGGCCUGUUUGCAUGGUCAGUAUGGAACAGACGCCGACAAGAGGCAUAAGAAGCUCCCGCUUACAGGGUUUGCUCAGAACAUGCUAGACGGGGCUUUCCAGCUGAGCGACGAGACCUUGCUGGGGAAAAUGCUGGAGACGUGUGGUGAGGCGGAGAGCAAGCUGGCCAUGGAGCUCUCUCACCACGAAGUACAGGUUGAAAAAGAGAUCUUAGAGCCCGUCAACCAGCUGACGGAGAUGGAAAUCCCCAACAUUCAGAAGCAGAGGAAGCAGCUGGCCAAGCUCGUCCUGGACUGGGACUCUGCGAGGGCCAGGUGGAACCAGGCCCACAAGACUUCGGCUGUGAACUUCCAAGGGCUCCCGUCUAAAAUUGACUCCCUCAAGGAAGAAAUGGAUGAAGCCGGGAAUAAAGUGGAGCAGUGCAAGGAUCAGCUGGCCGCAGACAUGUACAGCUUCAUUUCCAAAGAAGGGGACUACGCCCGCUAUUUUGUCUUGUUGUUAGAAGCCCAAGCAGAUUACCAUAGGAAAGCAUUAGCAGUCUUAGAAAAGGUGCUCCCUGAAAUCCAGGCCCAUCAAGACAAAUGGACAGAGAAGCCGGCCUUCGGGACCCCCUUGGAGGAGCACCUCAAGCGCAGCGGCCGAGAGAUCGCCCUCCCCAUCGAGGCGUGUGUGAUGAUGCUCUUGGAAACAGGCAUGAAGGAGGAGGGUUUGUUCCGCAUCGCUCCCGGGGCCUCCAAGCUGAAGAAGCUCAAAGCGGCGCUGGACUGCUCCACCUCACAGCUGGAUGAGUUUUACUCUGACCCACACGCCGUGGCAGGUGCCCUGAAAUCUUACCUCCGAGAGCUGCCGGAGCCUCUGAUGACCUACGCCCUCUACGAGGAGUGGACGCAAGUUGCCAACGUUCAAGACCAGGACAAGAAGCUGCAGGACCUGUGGAGAAUUUGUCAGCAGUUGCCAAAGCAGAACCUGGCAAACUUCAGGUAUUUGAUCAAAUUUCUGGCCAGGCUCGCCCAGCACAGUGACGUGAACAAGAUGACCCCCAGCAACAUCGCGAUUGUGCUCGGCCCCAACUUGCUGUGGUCCAAGAACGAAGGUUCUCUUGCAGAAAUGGCGGCCGCAACUUCAGUGCACGUGGUGGCCGUGGUGGAACCCAUCAUCCAGCACGCCAACUGGUUCUUCCCUGAAGAGGUGGAUUUCAAUGUGUCGGGAGCGUUUGUGGCACAGCCAGCCACGAAUUCAAAUCACCUGCACACGGGGAAUGACUACGACUCGGGGACGGCCGAGCGGAAGAGGCCCGUCAGCAUGGCCGUGAUGGAUGCUGACUUGGUGAAGGACAGCUUUGGUGUCAAGGUUUUGGACUUCCCGGCGACCACCCGGCGAGGCGGCACCAUAAAUAGAAAGCACACGGCCCCAGCUUUCCAGCCGCCGCUUCCGCCCACGGAGGCCGGCCCGCUGGCUCAGGCGGCUGCAGACCAGCCCCCUCAGGGUGCCGGGUCUGAGCCUGGCCUCUGGGGGGCUUCCUGUGCCCCUCUCCCUGGCCCAGCAGAGCCCUCCCAAGGCCAAGGCGCUGAGGACAGCAGCAUUUCAAAAUCCAAAGACUCCAGCACGCCCUCCACCACCCCUCCGCCCACCAGGAACGGCCGGCACGGAAGCGCCCCUCAGCCCCCUCCCCAGCUGGCCAGCGGCUCCAGCCAGGCCUCUCUCGGGCCACAGCCACAGGUCAACGCUGGGCCCAGUCCACACACACUCCGGCGAGCUGUCAAGAAGCCUGCCCCCGCCCCUCCCAAACCUGCCAACCCGCCUCCUGGGCAGCCCGGAAGCCAGAGCUUGAGCCCAGCCCCUCCACUGCCCUCCGUGUCUCCGAAGCCGCCCGUCGCCAGAAGCCCGUCUCCCCCAGGAGCCACGCAGCCGGCCCCUGCUGCCGUCGCGGCCUCCCAGGCCUCUGCCCCUCGGAGAUACUCCAGCAGCUUCCCCCCCAUCCAGGCCCCCAGCCACCCCCCGCCCCAGCCCCCCGUGCAAGCCGCCACCCCUCCUCCGCAGCCCAAGGGCGGCAGCCCGGGCUCCUCUCCCGCAGCAGCCCCCGGCUCCGAGCCCACCCCCAAGCAGCCCUCGCCCACCCCUCCCCGCACACCAACCCCCCCUGACACCCCACCCCUGGAGAAGCACAGCGCUGCCUCCCUCACCCAGGAGGUUCCGCAGGCUGCGUCACCCCCUCAGACCGGCACGCUGCCGAGGCCGAGGCCUGUGCCCAAGCCGAGGAACCGCCCCACCGUCCCCCCUCCGCCUCACCCUCCUGCUCCUCACCCAACCUCCGGAGAUGGUUCCCUUCUAGGAGCGCCCCCAACUGCCUCCCGCUUAGUCACUGACCCCGCUUCCAGUGUUCAAGAGCCGCCAUCACAGAACCUCCCGGGAGCCACAGAGCUGUCCUCGGCAGAGUCCGUGGUUCUACCAAGCCAGAGUUCUCACAACCACCUUGUGCUUGACAUCGAUCAUGAUACCGAAAGCACUGCUCUGUAAACUAAGCAAACCACUCCAGCACCCAGUCCUUCCUAUCCCAGUGGGAACCAAACCCUGUUGAGACUUAAGACGGUGAGAAGCUUCCCUUUAAGAAGAGAGAGCAAAGGGGCCGGGGCUGCCCCGCCUGCGCCUCCAGUGAAGAUUGGGAGAAUUUCAGUGACCUGUGUCUUGACAAAAGGUGUCAAACUGUGGAUGGAACGAUCUGUCUGUUUCCAAAGCUUAAUUGCUGCUGUUAACCAAGAGGCUAUCCUGCCGAACAAUUCCAAAUGAGAAUCCAAAACAAUGCAUGUGGAGUGGAAAUAACCUCCUUCAAGGCCUCUGUUGGACUCUUCCUAACUCUUUGCUCUUCCCAAGGGGAUGGCUCGCAAGAGACCGUCUCUCUGACAUGCUGCAGAAUUUUUGUUUUAAAAGUAUGAACCAAAAAACCCCCCCACCAGAUGGGCCGGGGGUGGCCGCUGGAUCUCGGUCACCACUCCAGCCUGUGGAUGUAUCCUCGUGCCUCGACGGACUGUCCGGAGGAAAUGUACCGUCUUUUCUCUAACCAUUUCAUUGCUACCCUUUUAAGUGUUGAUUGUUUAUUUACUCUUUGUUUUUCAGUUAUUUGUAUUAACCAUCCCUGCUUCGGUUUCUGUAAUGUCCUUCGGCAGCUGCUGUCAAGCUGAAACCUUUUGGGAAAAAUACAUUUUUUGCUUUCAAGUUGUUAUAAAUGAGUUGAACUUUGAAA